AUGCCAGCACAGCAACACGACACAACUCAACAGAGCUUCGCACGUCGCCCAACUCGGAGCAGAGCCGCUCAGGAUUUUUACGGCGUUUCACUCACGGAUAGUCAGGAAUACGAAAGAAUCGAUGAAAUAAUCGGUAAGCUGAAUGCUGCCUGCUUUACAUUCCUUGCAACAAUCGUGGAUCUGAUGUUCCUAAUUCAACCGACGAACGCUCCCUUGGUGGAAAGAAUCGAUGAAAUAAUCGGUAAGCUGAAUGCUGCCUGCUUUACAUUCCUUGCAACAAUCGUGGAUCUGAUGUUCCUAAUUCAACCGACGAACGCUCCCUUAGUGGAAGGAGUGAAAGAAGGGACGGACGGGAUGGACGAGGGAAACAAUCAGCAUGAAAGCAAGGAAGAAUGGGGCUGGGACAAUAAAGAGUGGGUAGGGACUGGGAGCAAAAACAAGAGCGUCCACCGAUACGCCGUUCGGAGGAUUUUCUUCCUUGCCCAGCAAAUAGGCCAAAUGGUCCCAUCAACUCCAAAGCUACUAGGCGAACGAUUUCAACGCCACGGCAUUAAAGAGGGAUGGAGAGCGGGAAGAGAGAGAGAACCUUCCAGUGCCAUUACCUUCGCCGUGGCCGAGGCAGCUGCCGCGGCUGCUGCAGCUGCUGAUGACAAACUGGAGUUGGUCGGUGUAGGUGGAUCUUCGGGCGGUGCGAUUGCCUUCCCAACUCGGAGGAACUGA